GACAAAAACGCAUUGAAUGGGCUGAAGACGUCGUUUUCGACGGCAAAAAAGAAGAACAAGUAGUUGUAGUACAACCUGCUGGAGGAAGAUCUCCACGAUCGCCCCCUUUGAAUGAGCUGCGGGACACUCGCGAAGCACAACGUCGAAGACUUCGCGCAGCUCGAUCUGGGAGCUCUGCUACCUUUGACUACGUUCUAGGCAUGGACUCGCAGGGACCUGGAGCGUCCCUGAUGUCACCCAGAAGUUCCAGCACAACCCAGAUGACGGACUUUUAAGGCUCGAUACGAUUCGUUUCCAAUGCAAUCCCAAGGGUCAACAUUUGUAAUUUUUCUCGGUUUCCUUCACUUCGAUACGAUUCAUUUCCAAUGCAAUCCCAAGGGUCAACAUUUUUGAUUUUUCUCGGUUUCCUUCAUUCUUCUAUCUUCUUGAAAAUUUUCCAAGAAGAUAGAAACGACCUUGCUUGUUCUUUCUUGGAAAUCUCAAGAAUGUUGAAAUGACCUAGAGGACCUGAUUCUCGGAAAUCUCCAGAAUCAACCGGAAAAAAUAUUAAUAUUUAUAUAUUGAAAAAUGAAUUGCUUGUUUGAGCUCUAAGAAUUACCGCAUUCAGUAGCAGACGGGUAUCAACUCGCAACCAGAUCGAUCUUCGAUACUAGACGGGAUGGGCACGGGACAGGGACAGAAGAAGAGAAGCUGAUUUUGUCUUCCUCAACAUCGGGUCAGCGACUACAUGAAG